GUCUCCUCUCUAUUCUUCCUCGCGCUACAACAUCCGUAAACUUAACAAACAAAUUUGAAAUACCCAAUUUUAUCCUUCCAUGGCUACAACCAUCUCAUCUUCUUCUCCUUUCACAGAUUCAACCACAAACACUAGGUUGCUAACAUCUUCACAGCCACAAUCCCUAAUUUCGUCUUCAAUUGAUUCAAUCGAAUCUCAAUUCUCAAAUAUUUCUUUCUCUUCAGCACCAUCAUCUAUGCAAGAACAAGAACAACAAUCAAACCCUAAUGAUGAAGAACAGCAAUUAAAACUUGACCUUCCAUCUCCUUUACUUCAAACUCUUAAUCCAAACCCUAAUUUAUCAGAUUCCCCUUGCUCUUCACCGUCUUUACUUCAUCUAUCAUUCAAUCAAGAUCACGGAUGUUUCGCAGCGGGUACUGAUAACGGGUUUCGGAUCUACAAUUGUGAUCCAUUCCGGGAGAUAUUCCGACGUGAUUUUGAUCAUGGGAGAGGUGUCGGAGUCGUGGAGAUGUUGUUUCGCUGUAAUAUACUUGCAUUAGUUGGUGGUGGACCUGAGCCGCAAUACCCAAUUAACAAAGUUAUGAUUUGGGAUGAUCAUCAAAGUCGUUGUAUUGGUGAAUUAUCAUUUAGAUCUGAAGUUCGGACUGUUCGAUUACGUCGCGAUCGUAUAAUUGUUGUUCUUGAACAGAAAAUCUUUGUGUAUAAUUUUGCUGAUUUGAAAUUACUUCAUCAGAUUGAAACAAUUGCAAAUCCCAAAGGGCUUUGUGUUGUUUCACAAGUAUCGGGUUCAUUGGUAUUAGUUUGUCCUGGUUUGCAAAAGGGUCAAGUUAGAGUGGAACAUUAUGGGUCGAAGAGGACUAAGUUUAUUAUGGCUCAUGAUUCUAGAAUUGCUUGUUUUGCAUUGACUCAAGAUGGGAGAACACUUGCUACUGCUAGCAGUAAGGGGACUCUGGUUAGGAUUUUCAACACGUUUGACGGGACGCUUCUGCAAGAGGUUAGAAGAGGUACAGACAGAGCAGAAAUCUAUAGCCUUGCCUUUUCUAAUACCACCCAGUGGCUAGCCGUCUCAAGUGACAAGGGCACGGUUCAUGUCUUUAGUCUUAAGAUCAAUGCGGGAUCCUCAACAGUUGAUAAGGCGCACAAUUCACCUGACAAUGAUGUCACUGGUUCCUCAGCCAGUUCAUCUCUCUCAUUAUUAAAAGGUGUGCUGCCAAAAUAUUUCCACUCGGAAUGGUCUGUGGCUCAGUUUCGCUUGAGUGAAUCUUCACAGUACAUUGUUGCUUUUGGGCACCAGAAGAAUACAGUCGUGAUUCUUGGGAUGGAUGGAAGCUUUUAUAGGUGUCAGUUUGAUCCAGUGACUGGGGGUGAAAUGACGCAACUGGAAUUCUCCAACUUCCUGAAGCUGGAGGGACCGUUUUAGACUGUAUAUCUUCUGAUUUGAGCAGCUUACUGUUUCUCGUUAUGUUUAUAUGUAGAUAUGUGCAUCUGUUCUGUUCUUGUGGCUAAAAUAAUGGUGUGUAAAUAUCAUGGGCAUGGGGAAUUGAUUAGGAUUUGGAAUAAACUUUUUUUUCAACCAGAUAACAUAUCUAUUGUGUUCAAAUUUGACUCGCAUCUCAAUAUUCAAGAACAUUGAAUUACGGUAUUUCAGACAACAACAUGUCUAACAUCAAGUUAGCUUGUGGUGCUUUUGACAGUUUGUUAA